GCCCAGGCCCCCCGGCGCCGCCCAGGGCCCGCGCGGACUCCAGUCUCAUUUAUUAUACCCCCCGCCCGAAGCUGCGGCUUCCCGGUGUUGAAGAUCCCCGGGACGAGGGGUGAGGGCUACCCGCUCCCAGCCGUGACACCCUUUUUCCCCCAGCGGGGCUGGAGUCUGUGCAGAAGGUGUCCUGCAGACCAUGAACUGAGCACUGGUCCCAGACCGUUCAUGAGCACAGUGUAAGGUGUGCCAAGACCUGCUACCCAGCAAGCCCCUCCCCUCCCUAGCACUGAGGACCCCCAGAGAAGAUGGGGAGGAAAAAGAUUCAGAUCCAGCGAAUCACCGAUGAGCGGAACCGACAGGUGACAUUCACCAAGCGGAAGUUUGGGCUGAUGAAGAAGGCUUACGAGCUGAGCGUGCUAUGCGACUGCGAGAUCGCACUUAUCAUCUUCAACCACUCCAACAAGCUGUUCCAGUAUGCCAGCACUGACAUGGACAAGGUGCUGCUCAAGUACACGGAAUACAAUGAGCCUCAUGAGAGCCGUACCAACGCUGACAUCAUUGAGACCCUGAGGAAGAAGGGCUUCAACGGCUGCGACAGCCCAGAGCCCGACGGGGAGGACUCACUGGAACAGAGCCCCCUGCUGGAGGACAAGUACCGGCGCGCCAGCGAGGAGCUGGACGGGCUCUUCCGGCGCUACGGGUCAGCUGUCCCGGCCCCCAACUUUGCCAUGCCUGUCACGGUGCCCGUGUCCAAUCAGAGCUCACUGCAGUUCAGCAAUCCCAGCAGCUCCCUGGUCACUCCUUCCCUGGUGACAUCAUCCCUCACGGACCCACGGCUCCUGUCCCCCCAGCAGCCAGCACUGCAGAGGAACAGUGUGUCUCCCGGCCUGCCCCAGCGGCCAGCUAGUGCGGGGGCCAUGCUGGGGGGAGACCUCAACAGUGCUAAUGGCGCCUGCCCUAGCCCUGUCGGGAAUGGCUAUGUCAGUGCUCGGGCUUCCCCUGGCCUCCUCCCUGUGGCCAAUGGCAACAGCCUAAACAAGGUCAUCCCUGCCAAGUCUCCACCCCCGCCUACCCACAGCGCCCAGCUUGGAGCUCCCAGCCGCAAGCCCGACCUGCGGGUCAUCACUUCCCAGGGAGGAAAAGGGUUAAUGCAUCACUUGAACAAUGCCCAGCGCCUUGGUGUCUCCCAGUCUACCCACUCUCUCACCACCCCAGUGGUUUCCGUGGCAACACCAAGUUUACUCAGCCAGGGCCUCCCCUUCUCUUCCAUGCCCACUGCCUACAACACAGAUUACCAGUUGACCAGUGCAGAGCUCUCCUCCUUACCAGCCUUCAGUUCACCUGGGGGGCUGUCACUAGGCAAUGUCACCGCCUGGCAACAGCCACAACAGCCCCAGCAGCCGCAACAGCCACAGCCUCCACAGCAACAGCCACAGCCACAGCAGCCACAGCAGCCGCAGCAGCCACAACAGCCACCUCAGCAACAGCCCCACCUGGUCCCCGUAUCUCUCAGCAACCUCAUCCCGGGCAGCCCCCUGCCCCACGUGGGUGCUGCCCUCACAGUCACCACCCACCCCCACAUCAGCAUCAAGUCGGAACCAGUGUCCCCAAGCCGGGAGCGCAGCCCUGCGCCUCCCCCUCCAGCUGUGUUCCCAACUGCCCGCCCUGAGCCUGGCGACAGUCUCAGCAGCCCGGCUGGGGGAUCCUAUGAGACAGGGGACCGGGAUGAUGGACGGGGGGACUUCGGGCCCACACUGGGCCUGCUGCGCCCGGCCCCAGAGCCUGAGGCUGAGGGUUCAGCUGUGAAGAGGAUGCGGCUCGAUACCUGGACAUUAAAGUGACGAUCCCCACUCCCCUCCUCUCAGCCUCCCUGAUGAAGAGUUGACAAUCUCACCGCCCACCCCUCCCUGUCCUGGGCUCCUCCCGCUCGACCCCCACUUCCUUUCUCGUGCUCCGUGUCCUGUUGACGGUUACAUUUGUGUAUAAUUAUUAUUAUAUUAUUAUUAUUAUUAUAUAUUUUUAAAUUUGGAUUCUCGCUUUGGAGAGGGGGAUGCUCUCAUCCCCUCUUUCUACACCCCCCACCAUUUUCACUGGCUGGGGGGCUCUCUCUUUUGCGGGAAGGGGGGGACACUUUGCACGUUGUACACAUAUGCUGCAAGAAGGGGGUGGGGGGCCCGAUAGGCCUUUGGGAAAGGACAGGUGCCGAGCCCUGCAUGUGGAGCCCUCCCACUCCAUCCCCCAGAAAGAGGGAAUUAACCAAAAAAACUACCAAACAACAAAAAACCCAUACAAUAGACUGAAACCCCAAAGUUAGCUUGAUGGGUGAGUUUGUGUUUCAAGGGGAAAGUGAAGCAGAGAUUCUGAAAAGGGUCUCUGCUUCUGGGCUGUUCAUGUGGCCAUAGGCAGAUGGGGAUGAAUACCCAAGCCUGGCCCCCAAAUCCCCCUGCACACACACAUAACACACUCUCACCAAUUCAUGUGGGUGCUGGCUGAGCUUUUGGGCUAUGAAGGUGUCUGGGAAUCUGAGGCUGGGGGUGGGGAUUUGAGGUGGGGGCCUCUCUGAAAGCACAUUUGGAGGGAAAGACAGAGCCAUGAGGAGAGGGCUGAGGAGGGCAGGAGGGCUGGGCAAGGGGUGAAUUGGGCCCCCUCCCUUCCCCAGCUUUUUUCUAAGAUAUACAGUGCAAUAGCUCCCCAUCCCUCAGUUGACACCAGCCCCGUAAAGCUGGCCACAACGUGCAGGGGGAACUGGGGAGAGGAAUUUUAAUGGGGUGGCUCCAAGCGAGAGUCGGCCUUGGCCUUCCCUAGGGUGCCUGAGGGCCAGAGCCCUUUCAUGGGACAAGUGUCGAGUAUGGUGAAGGGACUUCCUCUGCCUUGCACGCACUCUACCCAGAGGAGUGGGCACUGGGCUGGUCUGUGGGGCGGGAGGUCCCUAUGGAUGAGGGGAUGUGGUCCGUAAAGGGCCAGCCUCCCGAAUUCCUCCCCAGCCCCUCCUCCUAGCUCCUCCUGCUCCCCACCCCACCUCCCUGCUCUUGGCGCCCUCAUGGUCUCGCUACCUCCUUGACCCACCACCUCCCGGCCGCAUCCCACCUUCCCUCUUGGCUACUGUAAUUGUAAAUAGCAACCUUUGGAAAACGUUAGCGGUGUAACAGUCCAGGAAACUGUUUUUUUUGUUGUUGUUGUACUGAUAUGAAAUGAGAUUCUAUUUUUGUCAAAGUAUAUUGUAAUAAUAAUGACUCAAACGGCCCGUACUGUACAGAUGAGAUUCUUCUGCUGUUGUUCUCGCUCCCCCUCCCCUCUCCCCCGAGUCUGCCCCGUCUGCUGCCUCCCCAGUGGGGUGGUGGGCAAGGGGCCAGGGGCAGCCGAAGCAUGGGGUCCUGAGACCUCGGGCUGGAUCAGAGAUCAAACUGGAGGGGACAGGCCCCCAGCCUGCUCUCCACCGACUCCACAGCCACCCCCACCCUAAGGGGCCUGGCCUGGAGUAACAGGGGCAGGUAGCCAGGGGCCCACCACAGUCCUUCACACAAGCAACUCCUCUGCCAAGUGGCCAAGAGGUGCAGCGCUCCCUUGGGGCUUCCUCUCUGUUGGAGAGGAGAGUAGUUAGACAAGGCCCAGUCUCCUGUUAAAUGACUGUCUUUGCCCGCUUCUAUGGCCCAGCCUCUUGCAGUAUUCUGACACUCAGUGCAGGGAAGGAACCAGAAGCAGAGGGGUGUGUGUGACCACACAUCUACCUGAGUGUGUUCAUGAGGGCACCUAGUACUUGUGUGUCUGAGCGUACCUUUGUAUUUAUGUAUGUGUGUGUCUGGGGGGGGGUGUAUGCGUGGGUGUACCUGUGUGUGUCUCUGAGCCCAUCUGGGUGGAUACGUGAAUCCUUGUGUGACUGGAGAUCUGAGGGCAUCUCUGUGUGUGUGGCUGGGUGUGUGUUUACAAAGGGACAGGUGGCUGUUCUAGCUCCAAGCCCUGGCUUCCCCCUCACUGGCUUCUGACCCUCACUCCCUUCCUGCCUGCUCCUUCACCUGCUCUCACCACAGCUCUACAGUUUGUAUUGCACUUAGGGGGGUUGGCAGUUGUCCCUCUGCUUCUCCCUAGGCCCUACCUCUCCAGGGCUUCCCUCCAGGAACCUUUGCCCCCACUCUGUUGUCCACUUAGUCCCUCAUGCCUUGACACUCAGUUCCCUUUUCUAGAGUGCCCUCUUCCACCAAACCCCGUCCUGCUUUCAGGGUGAAACUCAAGCUCCCCUGCCUCCCUGAGCUUUUUCUUCAGCUGGGCGUGAUCCUUCCUCACUCACAGCUUAACCCUCACCUGCUGACCGAGCAGGGACACAGCAUGUGCAGCCUUCCCACCUCUCCUGCAAGUUCCUAGAGGGAGUUUGAAGAAUUGAUGAGACUUGAUCAGGGCCUUGAAAGAAGCCAGGGUGUAGUCUUAUGCAUGCGUGCAUUCCCAGAGCCUUGUCCAGUGUCUGGCACAUAGUAGGUGCUCAGUAAAUGCUGAAGGGGUGAAUGGUUGAAUGAUAGGUGCUCAAUAAAUGUUGAAUGACUGGCCUUCCCUUCUCAGGCUAUUCCUACCGUCAGUCUGCCCACCUUUCUAGGCCGGGCUUGGCCACCAUCAAACACGGAGGAGGGGUGAGGGUGAGGGCCCCUGCAGUUCACGGUGCAAUAUUCACCAGUUUUGCCCUCUGCCUCAUAAUGGCAAACCUGGCUUUUGAUUAUUACCAUGUGUGGAUGUGUGUGUGUCCUUUCUUCUCUGUCCCUGGUGACAGGGGGUGGUCUGUGAAUGAAUAUGUGACAUUUCUGCAAUUCAGUAUCCCAAGGUUUCUCUUGGGGGUAGGGGCUCUCGGCCGGCUAGAUGAAUGGGUCCCUGGGAACCCAGAGCUCAAAUGGGGACUUAAUUUCUUCCUCUUACAAGCCAAAUUUGCCUCCACCCACUCCCUCUGAAGAACUGGGCACUUGCCAAAGUAACCACUGGAGUCGUCCAAUACCCCUCCCCUCCCCAGGUUUCCCACAGCUUUCAGGGACAGUGGGCAUGAGGACCCCCCCAAUGGAUCGCACUAUCCCCUCCCCCAAACAGUGCACUCAAUGCAGCGAGACUGACCCCUGACCCCCACCCAUCCCUCCCCACCUUGGACAGGAAGGAAGUAAUGCACCUUCUCUUGCUGAUUAUUUAUUUGUUUGGAGAGACAGAAAUGAUGUAAGUGUAUCUAGAAAUAUCUAUAUCCUAUAUAUUUUUAACUGACUCUUUGGAAUCCCCUGGGGUGGGGUGGGGGGUGACUUUAGGCUUUCAUGGAGGGGAGGAGACAUGGAGCCUGGGAACUCCUUGUUCUCCCCUCUGCUGCCUCUUCCCACCCCCUGAGCAGUUGGUAGAAGGAGUGGGAUUUGUAUGGGGGGAGGUGGCUGGAACGUUACAUGGAGAAUCUUGAUUCUCUCCUCUCCCCCAUUCAAGUCCCAGAGGAAGGGAGGGGCUGGGGAAGAGGGAGGGAGGGGCAGGCCAGGCCACAGAGGUGCCCCACCCCCAAACCCGACAAUCACCCACACUCCUGGGGCUCCUCCUGGGUCCUGGGGCAGGGCGAGUCCAAGUGUGUGGCUGUUGAUUUGUUUUCAAUAUUUCUUUUCGUGCUGUAUGGUGAUGCUUUCUUAGUAUUCUACACAAUAAGAAAAGACAAAGUCCUCGAGAUUCUUAUGAGUUUUGUUUGAAAACUCUUUCACUAUAUUUGUUGUAAAGAGGUUUACUAUUAAAAGAAAAAGAAUACACGUUUCUGAUA